AAUAAAAUGCCGCUAGCUUGUACGUAGUAAUACUAUUCGUAUAAACAGUUCAGUGUCUUGACUGAAUCUGACGCUUCGUACGAUUGGUAGUACAAAUAAUGAAAAUUACUGUGUAAUUGUACGGAAAUUAGAAUUCAUUUAUCUGAUAGAUUGGAACUUUUAUAGUGAUUACAAAAUAAAAAAAUGUCAUUCCGUGGUCGUGGAGGUGGAGGAUUUGGCAGGGGUGGUGGCGGCGGUGGAUUUCGGGGUGGAAGAGGGGGUGGUGGCUUCCGCGGAGGACGUGGAGGUGGAUUCGAUAGGGGUGGAAGAGGAUAUGAUCAAGGUCCUCCAGAGGAAGUAACUCCAUUAGGUCAUUUUACGUGGACAGUUCAAGACGAUGUUGUUGCUAAAGUAGACAUUGAACAAGUGCCCUUCUUCAAUGCUCCAAUAUACACAGAAAACAAACAACAGAUUGGUAAAAUAGAUGAAAUAUUUGGUAAUAUUAGAGAUUAUUAUGUGUCCAUAAAGUUAUCAGAAAAUAUAAGGGCAUCUAGUUUCCAAAAAGACACACAGUUGUUCAUAGAUCCAGCAAAACUGUUACCUUUGCAAAGGUUUUUGCCAAGAGCUCCUGGAGAAAAAAGAGGUAGUGGUGGUCGUGGAAUGAAGAGAGGUGGUCCUGGAGGAGGACGCGGUGGUAGAGGCGGAGGUAGACCGUCAUUCGGACGCGGUGGCUUUGGAAAUAGGGGAGGAGGCGGCGGCGGCGGCGGUGGUUUCAGAGGCCGGGGAGGAGGAGGUUUCGGACGCAACGACUCUGGUAGAGGUCGUGGAAGGGGAAAAUGGUAGAAAAGUAAAGACUUCUACAAUCAAUUUUUAUGUAAAGACAUGUUACAAAAAUAAGAAUACGUUGAUUUCACUGAAGAAACAGAAAUGCGAAUAGUUUUAUAUCAAAUUGAAAAGAAUGUUACUGAAACAAUACUUGAUUUAUGUUCAACAUUUUGUUAAAUAAUAUGUAUGAUUUAUACUUUUGCAACUGAUUUACUAUAUAAAAACACAAGUUUUAUAUACAGAUAUUAAAGAAAUUUGACGCGAGAACAAUA